UUGGUGAAGUGACAUCGUCCAUCUGUGGAGCUGAAGAUCACAUACAUUUCGCUAUGCAGAAGAACGACGGUGGAGUUAUCGACCCUACCAGAUACGUUCCUCCCAGGAUUCCAGCUUUACCGAAAUGGGAACAAGAAUGUGAUGACUACAAACUAGUGUGGAAGUUUGAUGUGGUAUCAGAAGGUGUUCUAAUUGGUCUUGGAGGUAAAGACAAUACAACCGAGGAACCAGCGAGAACAGGAGAUAAUAUAGAAAAACCUAUCAACCUGGAUGAUCAAGAUGAUCCAGCUAAAGUACUAGAUGAAGGAUUAUUUGGCGAUGAUUCUAUGUUAAGUAAGGUUGAGAAGAACAGCAACAAAGUUGAAGAAAAAACAAAAAACACUAAAGAUUCUGGACUGAAAAACUUCUUCAAAAAGCCAACUGCAUUUUUACAGAAAUUUUCGCUUCGAAAAUUGAAAGUUGGCGCCAUCUUGGAUUUGUUGGAUAUAUUAGGAUUGGAUGAGAGCAAAGGACACAUGGCCGAAGUUAUCCUUAAAAUAAAGGAAAUCAUUGAUAACAAGCCAUGUUUUAAUCCCUACCAGAUGACCGAUGAUCAACUAAGAGCAGAAUUAACAGAACGAGGAAAAGUCGCUGAAGGAUCUCGUCAAACUAUGAUAAAUACUUUAACCAAUCAUGGCAGCAAAUGUCCGGGUAUGACCAUGAGGUUGCCUAAAAACAUGUACUGUACGUUUGAUCAGCAUUGUUUAGGUCUGGAGUGUUGCGUUCACCUUAAAGUCUUCAUGUUCCUGAAAACCUAUAAACUCUAUGCUAGAUUCGAUCCUUGUAAUCUGGAAUUUGUUCUGGGAAUCAAAGACAAGUUUGAGAAAAAGUUCGGCGGUUUUGGUGAUAUAUAUGGAGGUUUUGAUUUAGAAGUAAAACCAGGUGUUAAAAUCGAUUUACUCGGUGGAAUGGAAUUAGUUAUCAGGGUAAAAGUUGAGAAAACCGAUACAGUAGCUUUAGGAACAGUUGGUGUUGGUUUCUGUUCCCAGGAAGAUAACAGUAACUGUAUGCCAUUCUUAAUGUUAUUAGAUGAAUCAAUCUUACCAUUACCAAUCUGUAACCCUGAUGGUUCGCUAACCUGGCCAGAAGUCAACUGGAAAGAGUAUUACAGUCGGGAUGCUAUCAAGAAAAGGUUAAAAGAAUCGGCUAAGAAAUUAGCCGAAGAAUCCGUGGAAUACGGAUUAAAGGAAGCAUUGAAACAACUUGGUAUACCUGAGGAUCUGUUAGAAGAGACACCACCUUGCCAACGACCCGAAAUUUUGACCAAUGCAAUAUUGAAGAAUCGACUUGGUGAUCGAGGUUUGAUAACAACCGGAACUUCUCAACAGUUAAUCGACAGGCUUAUCCAGGCUGAGAAAACGUGUAAAAUCUUCGAUAAAACCUUGACUCUACCAACAAUAAAAAACGAGAAGUUGAAGAAAUUAAUCUAUUUACAAAUCUCAGAUAAUUGUAUGCAUCUACAGGCCUGUGUCGAUGUUAAAAUAAGAACGAAAUUAUUCAACUUUACCAAAGCCUUCAACGCUUAUGUUGAACUGGAUUCGUGUAAUUUUAUGUUACACGUGGGCUUCGAGAAAUAUAAACAUUCUAUUGUACUGAUUGGAUAUGAAUGGGGUGAGUGA